ACAUGUGCUGUGGGACAUAAUUGACAUGGCCGCGGAAUCUCCCCCUGACUGAACGCUGCGCUGGUGGAGCAGACUGGAGGGAGCAAGGAUUGCCAAAGUUGUGUCUGGGGUGAAAGUGGAGCUCUGGAGUUUCUUUCAACAUCAUUUUAUUGCAGCGAGAAAGGCAGUCCAGGAAAGUUCUCCAUGAAUGUACGUCACAAUGAUGAUGACAGACCAGAUUCCGCUGGACCUGCCGCCACCACUAUUGAACGGGGAGGUGGCCAUGAUGCCGCACAUGAUUAAUGUUAAUGGGGAUGGAUCGCAACAGGUGAUCCUUGUGCAAGUCAACCCUGGAGAGACCUUCACCAUCAGAGCAGAGGAUGGAUCCCUGCAAUGCAUUCAAGGGCCUGCAGAGGUUCCGAUGAUGUCACCCAAUGGAUCCAUCCCACCCAUUCAUGUGCCUCCUGGCUACAUCUCCCAGGUGCUGGAGGACAACACAGGGGUCCGGAGAGUGGUAGUCACCCCUCAGUCUCCAGAAUGCUAUCCUCCCAGCUAUUCUCCAGCCAUCUCUCCAACUCAUCACUUACCUCCAUACAUGGCCCCACCACCCUUUAUUCCCAACUCACACACGGCCUUCUACCCACCCGUCAGCCCUGGGGACAUUUCCCCCCACCAGUACUACCAUCACCAUAUCCCGCCUAUGUACAAUGAAGAGAUAAUUCCUGUGUACGGGAUGAACUACCUUGGGCGGGAUGAGGCAUUCAAACCCCCACCAAAGAAGAUGAAGGACAGACUGGAGCGUCAGAAUCGUCUCAACAGCCCUCCCUCUAUCUAUAAGAGCAAUGUGGGCUGCAACAACAUGUACAAUGGCUACGGCAAGGUCCACGGAAAUCUUGGGGGUGGUGGAGGAGGGGGAAGCAGUCCCGGAGCUAAAAAAACAACCCGUGGAGCUCGGAGUAGCCCCAGAUCCAGCGAGCCAGACUUACAAGAUCAUGAUUCAGACGCAAAGAGAGUUCAGGAUGUUCUUUCGGGAAUGGAAAAACCACAGGUUCUUAAUAUCCAGGCCCGGACAGCUCGACUGACUUGGGCUCCACCAGCAGGCCUCCAGAACAGAGACAGGCACAGUAACGGACACCCCUUUACCUGCAGCUACGAGGUCACUCUCUCAGACAAAGGUCGUAACGGCCAGUACCGUGUCAUUUAUAGUGGAGAGGAGUUGGAAUGCAAUUUAAAAGAUCUCAGACCAGCAACAGACUACCACGUAAGAGUGAAUGCUUUGUGCAAUUCUGUGAAGGGUUCGUGCUCUGAGGUGGGGGCCUUCACCACCCACAGCAGUACCCCAGACUGCCCGCUGCCCCCUAAACUAUCCCACCGCACAAAGAGCACGCUCACCCUACAGUGGAAGGCACCAGUUGAUAAUGGAUCGAAAAUCACAAGUUACCUUUUAGAGUGGGAUGAGGGCAAAAAGAACAACAAUUUCAGAGAAUGUUACUUCGGAAGCCAAAGGCACUACAAACUCACUCAUCUGUGUCCAGCUAUGGCCUACACAUUUCGGGUGGCGGCACGCAACGACAUAGGAAUGAGUGGCUUUAGUCCUGAGGUGGUCUUCUACACGACUGGAAGUCUGCCCCACUUGCCCCACGCUCCUCGGCUGGUGCGUGCCGGCAUCACAUGGAUCACGCUGGAGUGGAGCCGGCCAGAUGGCUGUACCGCAGAAGAGCCCGUCACAUACAAGCUGGAGAUCCAGGAAGAGAACAUUGGAACAGAGUUUCACCCAAAGUACACUGGAGAAAACUUGACAUGUACUGUAGAGGGCCUGAAGAGAAGCACGCAGUAUAAAUUCAGGCUCAUAGCUUCUAACUUGGAGGGCAGAAGCAGUCCCAGUGAGGUGCUGGUGUGUAACACUAGUCCAGACAAACCUGGACCCCCCUCCAGACCCUGCAUCAAGGGCUCUAUCAGACCUUACAGCUUCAGUGUCAAAUGGGAUCCUCCACAAGACAACGGAGGUUCAGAAAUCUUAAAAUACCUCUUGGAGAUUUCAGAAGGAAAUUCUGAUGCCAAUCAGUGGGACAUUGCAUACAGUGGGCCUGCCACAGAGUGUGAGUGUGAGGAUUUGAAACCCGGCACAAUGUACAGACUGCGCACCUGCAGCAUCAGCACGGGUGGCCACAGCCAGUGCUCUGAGAGUCUGCCUGUGCGCACACUAUCUGUAGCUCCAGGACGUUGCCAGCCUCCCAGAAUUGUGGGUAAAGCCAAGCACAAAGAAGUGCACUUACAGUGGGACUGUCCCUCCUCUGAGGGGGCAUGUGAGGUGAAUGAGUACAGUUUGGAAAUGAGGGAGGGAGAGUCGGAGCCCACCGAGGUCUAUCACGGCUCUGAUCUGGAGUGCACCGUGGGCAGUCUGCUCCCCGGCGCCACCUACAGCUUUCGCCUGCGUGCCGCCAACGAGGCAGGGUAUGGGCAGUUCUCUGAACCAACAGAAAUAACAACCGCAGCUGGUCCUCCCAGCCAAUGUGCGGCCCCAUCCCUCACCUUAAUGUCCAAUACCUGUGUGCUGGUCAGCUGGGAGAGUCCAGAGAGCUCAGGGGCCGACAUCUCUGAGUACCGUCUGGAGUGGGGCCGAGAGGAAGAGCUCAUGGAGCUGAUCUACUGCGGCCCUGACACGCAGUGUGAGAUCUCAGACCUGACACCUGCUACUCAUUACUACUGCAGACUUCAGGCGGUGAAUCAAGCAGGUGCAGGACCGUACAGCGAGCACACAAGCUGUCAGACCCCUGCCACCGUUCCCGACCCGGUCUCAGUGUUGUGUGUACUUGAGCACGAUGCCACAGAUUGCGGCGUCUACUCACCUUCCACAUGUCUGGCUUUGAAAUGGGACGAGCCCUGCAACAAUGGAGUGGAGAUCACGUCCUACACUCUUAAACUGGGAGAGCAGCUCAUCAGCAUGGGCACCAGCACCUGCCAUGUGCUGCAAAACCUCCAGCCUGACAGUGAAUACAGUCUGCAGAUUCAAGCAGUGAAUGAGAUUGGUGCCGGCCCCCUCUGCCCUCCCCUGCUGGCCCGCACCAGGCCACUGCCACCUGUCCCUCCCCGACUGGAGUGCACUGCUGCAGGACCCCAGAGCCUCAAACUCAAGUGGGGAGACAGCAGCAAUGCCAAGAGCCUGCUUGGAGAAGAGAUGGUCUACAACUUGCAGAUGGAGGACAAGAACAGGAGGUUUGUCACAAUUUACAGAGGCCCAAGCCACACGUAUAAGGUACAGAGACUAAGUGAGUCGAGCAGCUACUGUCUCAGGAUUCAAGCUGUGAGCGAGGCAGGAGAAGGGCUUUUCUCUGAAAUACACACCUUCCAUACCACCAAAUCUGUUCCUCCAGCUCUCAAGGCUCCCAAAGUGGUACAGUUGGAAGGGAAUGUGUGUGAGGUCAGCUGGGAGAGCAUUCCACCAAUGAGAGGAGACCCCAUCAUCUACAUCCUACAGGUGCUGGUGGCCCGAGAAUCCGAAUACAAACAGUUAUAUAAGGGAGAGGACACAACCUUCCAGAUCUCGGGCCUGCAAAACAACACAGACUAUCGCUUCCGCGUGUACGUGUGUCGGCGGUGUCAGGACAACACGCAGGAGCUGUGUGGACCCCUCAGCCCAUCCUCGCUCUUCACACUGCGGCGUACAGAGCUCGCGCUGCCUGGAGAGCCCAGCUCCACCGAGACCCUGAAGCCCAGCGGCAUGUUCGCCACGGACGAACGCUUCGCGGCCGUCUUAGUCGGGGCUUUCGCGGCCCUGUCCUUCCUCAUCGCUUUUGUGGUGGAAUACUUCUUCAUGAAGUGAAGAUAAUAAAAAGCAACGCCAAACCAGCAGCCAGCCAAGAAAGAAAACAUUAACGUUUCGAGUAACACACAAACACUUAAAUUAUACAUCUGAUUCGACGUACUGUAGGCUGAGUAUUUUAUACAGGCUCUCUUCUUGUCUUUUAUCCUCUCUCUCUCUCUAAUGCCUUCCAGCCUGCCUGUGCAUCACUGUGUCACUCGCUCUUUUACAGCGUGUGGAUUUUGCUCUGAACUCAUGGGGAAGCAAAACCACAUCAUCAAGCCUUACGAAGAGUUGCGCGACGGCCUGUUUUUGCAUGCUUCGUUUUUUUUUGUAUCCCUUUAAGUGUACGUAUAUGUUGGGAGGAAAAUGUAUCGGUAUUUUCUCCACGUUCAUGGCCUUACUUUUGUUUUAUCCAAGUGUGCUUCACAGCAUUUGUUUCACAGCCAUAUACGAGUUGUUGGAAUCAUAGCUUUAUCAUGGUGUAAAACCCACGAUCACAGUCCACCCAGUGCCGUUUUAAUAUACAUGAUCACGUGAUCUUCACAUUUUGUUUGUGCGUCACAGUACGCAUCCUUCUCAGAAACACGAAAAAACUGUUACCGUAGUAAGACUGUUGUAAAGCCCCCUGCAUUAAGCUGCCAAAGCAAGUGUGGUUUAAGUGAUGCUGCUAUUGUGUUUAUAUUUCCUACGAACGGAAUCAGUUAUCUAAUAUAUAUAUAUAGAUACAAAUAUAAAUCUAUAAAAUUCUAUAGAGCUGUUGUAAUAUAAGUAACGAUGAGUUUGAAGUAGAUCUCUCAUUUGGAGCGUGUUAAUUCCCAGUCUAUGGUGCUUUAUCUGUGGUCAGUAGUGUUGGCGGACGGACGAGGGUAUAAGGGAAGUUUGACGUCCUCUGCAACCACACACACCCUCUUUCCGCCAGCGAGUCCUAAGGUGCAGUGACACAGAGCUACUUCUCGCCUUCCGGCCACCCCC